AUGACUGAACCACAAUCAAAAAAACUAAAGAAGACCAAAAGAACAGAGCCUUUGAUUCUCAACUUCUUUCAAGCUUUGACACCUGUCUUACAUGCUCCAGGUCAAUGGAGGAAUCCAAGAGAUCAAUCAAGAGAUUAUACAAAACCUGAAUACUGGAUCAAAAUUGCCCAAUUGGCUGAAAAGGGUAAACUUCACGGUAUUUUCUUUGGUGAUAGUUUAGCAAUUUAUGGUGGGUAUAAAUCCCAAGGUCUUGGUGGUGCAUAUAACUAUGAAGAAGCUGCUAAAAGUGGUAACAAUUUUCCAAAAAAUGACCCAACAGCUUAUAUCUCAGCUUUAGCCAUAACUACAAAGAAUGUUUCAUUUGGUAUUACUUGCUCUACAUUAACUGAACAUCCUUAUCAUUUUGCUAGAAGAUACUCAACCCUAGACCAUAUCACUGGUGGUAGAAUGGGUUGGAACGUUGUCACUUCUUUCUUACCUUCCGCUGGUAGACAAUUAUCCCCAGAUAAUAAAUUACCAGAAAAGGAUUUGAGAUAUGAAAAAGCUGAUGAGUAUUUACAAGUCUUCUAUGAAUUGUUGUUAUCCUCAUGGAGAGAUGAUGGUGUUGUUUUCGAUAGAGAAAAUGGUGUCUUUUCAGAUCCAGAGGCCAUCAGAGAAAUUAACUUUGAUGGUAAAUUUUUCAAAGUUCCAGGUCCUCAAAUUUCAGAACCAUCACCACAAAGGAUUCCAUUGAUUAUUCAAGCUGGUUCUUCACCAAAAGGUCAAAGAUUAGGUGCAAAACAUGGUGAAUUAAUUUUCCUUGGAAGUCCAACCCCAGAAGAAACCAAGAAGAAGAUUGAGUUUACUAAGAAAUUAGCAAAAGAGGAAUUUGGUAGAAAUCCUGAUAAUUUGAAAUUCGUCACUAUUGCAUCAGCUGUCUUAGGUAGAACACAUGAAGAAGCUGUUACAAAAUAUAAAGAGUUAGAUUUAUACAAAGAUGCUGAAGGAAUAUAUACUCAAUUGGGUGGUGGUGGUUUUGACUUCUCCAAAUUUGAUGACGAUGAAGAUUUGAGCAAAGUUGAUGACCCAUCAAUUAAGGGGUUUGCAGCAAGUUAUGCUACAAAAUACCCAGGUGAGAUUAUCACAAAAAAAUUUAUUGUUGACAAUUACCAUACUGGAGCUUUCGUUGGUACUCCUCAAGAAGUUGCAGACCAAAUUGAAGAUUAUGUUGAAAGAUCUGGUGUUGAUGGUUUCAAUUUUACAAACAUUGUUUUCCCUGAAAAUUUUGAAGAUCUUGUUGAACUUUUAAUUCCUGAAUUACAAGAAAGAGGCUUGGCUCAAAAGGAGUAUGCAGUUGAUGGUGGUACUUAUAGGGAACAAGUCUAUAGACAAAAAGGUCAUACGUUUGUUCCAGAAGACCAUUAUGCUUAUGAUUUGAGAUGGAAGGCUGGUGUUUCCAAAGAAGAGUUUGAAGAACAUGUUGCCAAAGUCAAGAAGGAACAAGAAAAGUAUGCGAUUUAA